AUGGCAUCUUUGUUUUCUGAUUUUGGCCUUAUAUGGUACUUGGAAGAGCUAAACAAGAAGGAAUUAGUGAUGUUUAAGGAGUUUCUCAACCAGGAGAUUUUGCAAUUGGGGCAGACACAAGUCUCUUGGACAAAUUUGAAGAAGGCAUCUCGGGAAGAGCUUGCCAACUUACUGCUUAAACAUUUUGAAGAGAAGCAAGCCUGGGAUGUGACCUUUAAAAUCUUCCACAAGCUCAAUAGGAAGGAUCUCAUAAAGAGAGCCAAAAGAGAGAUUCAUGGACACCCAAAGUUAUAUCGAGCUCAUUUGAAGAUGAAACUGACCGAUGACAAUUCCAGAGUAUUCAACACCAGUAUUCAGGUCUUAUUAAAUCAGACAUUUACCCAAGAUAUCUUUGAUAAUUUUGAGAACCUUUUCCUAUCAAAUACAACUGAAAUGAAGCCACACAUGUUGUUCAUAAAAGGAGUGGCUGGAAUUGGUAAGACAUUUAUAUUGAAAAAGUUAAUGCUUACCUGGUCAGAUGGCCUGUUGUUUAAAAACAAAUUCUCCUACAUCUUCUACUUCUGCUGUCAAGAUGUGAAGCAGUUGCAGAGAGCUAGCCUUGCUGAACUGAUCUCCAGAGAGUGGCCCAGGGCCUCAGCUCCCAUAGCGGAGAUCCUAUCCCAACCUGAGAAACUCUUAUUUAUUAUCGACAGCUUGGAAGUGAUGGGAUGUGAUAUGGAUAAGCAGGAAUCUGAGCUGUGUGAUAACUGCAUGGAAAAGCAACCAGUGAAUAUACUGAUAAGCAGUUUGCUGAAAAGAAAGAUGCUCCCUGAAUCCUCUCUCAUCAUCUCUACUACCCCAGAGACAUUUGAGACAAUAGAGGACAUGUUUGAGGAAACAAAUGUGACAACAAUAUCAGGAUUCACAGAGAGCAAUAUUAAGUUGUAUUUCCAGAACUUUUUACAAGAUACGAACAGAGCAGAGGAGGCCUUCAGGUUGGUGAGAGAAAAUGAGCAGCUGUUCACUGUAUGUCAUGUCCCUGUGCUCUGCUGCAUGGUGGCUACUUGUCUAAAAGAGGAGAUAGAGAAGGGAAGAGAUCUAGUCUCCAUCUGCCGACGUACCACCUCCCUGUAUACCACUCAUAUCUUCAAUUUGUUCAUUCCCCAAAAUGCUCAAUAUCCAAGUAAGAAAAGCCAAGAGCAGCUGCAGGGCUUGUGUUCUCUAGCUGCUGAGGGCGUGUGGACUGACACAUUUGUGUUUAGUGAAGAGGCUCUCAGGAGAAAUGGGAUCAUGGACUCUGAUAUCCCCACACUGCUGGACAUUGGAAUACUUAGAAAGAUCAGGGAAUCUGAAAAUUCUUACAUAUUCCUUCACCCAUCCAUCCAGGAGGUCUGUGCUGCCAUCUUUUAUCUGCUAAAGAGCCAUGAGGACCACCCUUGUGAACAUGUGCGCCGUGUAGACAUACUCUUCAUUAUGUUUCUAAAUAAUGUCAGAACACAGUGGAUCUUUUCAGGCAGUUUCAUCUUUGGCCUUUUACAUGAAUUGGAACAAGAAAAACUAUUGGCAUUUUUUGGCCACCAGUUGUCCCAGGAAGUAAAGCAUCAGUUGUAUCGGUGCCUGGAAAUCAUAAGUAUUGACGAAACGCUUCAAAAAGGGAUAGAUUGUAUGAAGUUGUUUUAUUGUCUUUAUGAAAUGGAGGAUGAAGCUUUUUCAAUACAGGCAAUGAACUGUAUGGAACAGAUUGACUUUGUGGCUAAAAAUUAUUCUGAUAUUAUUGUUGCUGCUUACUGCUUAAAACACUGUUCUACCCUGAAGAAACUAUCCUUUUCAACCCAAACUGUUCUGAAAGAGGAACAGGAACACAGCUAUAUGGAAAAACUUCUAACCUAUUGGAAUCAACUAUGUUCUGUAUUCAUAAGCAGUAAGAACAUCGAGGAACUCCAAAUGAAACAAAUUAGUUUCAGUGAGCAAGCCUUUUCUGUCUUGUAUAAUCAUUUGAAUCACAGCACGUGCACCAUUAUACUUAGGGCAAAUGAUGUGUCCUUCUUACCUUCAAAGCACCGGUUCUUUGAUUUGAUUCAAAUGCGCUGUUUGCGAUACUUGGACCUCAGUUUCACACACCAUUCCCACACUGAUGUUAAACUAUUAUGUGAUGUCUUGACCAAGGCAGAAUGCAACAUAGAAAAGCUGGACCUACAAAACUGUGAACUUUUACCUGAUGACUGCAAGAACAUUGCCCUAGUCCUGAUGAGGAGCAAGAACUUGAAGACUCUUGAUUUGGCAUUCAACAAUUUGGACCAAGGCAUAUACUCACUGUGUAAGGCUUUGUGCCACCCUGACUGUAUUCUGAGGAACUUAGUAUUGGCCAACUGCUCCCUCAGUGAGCAAUGUUGGGAAUACCUUUCUAAUGUUCUUCAGUGGAACAAAACUCUGGGCCAUCUAGACAUUAGCUGUAAUGACCUGAGAGAUAAAGGACUGAAAAUUCUCUGUAAGGGUCUAACUCUACCACACUGUGUCCUGGAAAACAUAUGUAUGACAUCUUGUCUCAUCACUUCUAGUGGCUGCCAGGACCUGGCUGAAAUACUGAGAAACAACCAUAACCUGAGGGCCCUAAACGUUUCAGAAAAUAAGUUAGAAGAUGCUGGUGUGAAGCUGCUUUCUGAUGCUAUAAAACAUCCCAACUGCCGCUUAAUAUACCUUGGGUUGGAAGCCUGUGACAUAACUGGUGCCGGUUAUGAGGACCUUUGGUCUGCUUUUUUACAGGUUUAUAGCCUGCGUGAAAUCAAGAUACAUAGGAAUGCCAAGGAACUUCCUUCAUAUUUUUUGAGGGAUAAAGAUGGAAUAAUGUGCAUUUCUGACCUUGAUAAAGAAUCCCAGGCAUUUCCAGUUUCUGAGAAAAAGAAAAAUACUUUUUAUGCAUCAGAAGCAGUGUUUAAGCAGAAGCAGAAAACAAGGGUGGACAUUCUGAAGCAAGAACAUACACCGUGUGUAUUCUAA